AAUUUUUUUUAAGAUUAUGAAUUUUUAAGACUGUUGCCGGGGUAACUCUUGCAUGAUUUUAUACUUUUGACAAGUAGGAAAAUAAAGCACAAAAGGUUAGAAGGCGGGAUCGCCCAAGGUUUUCUUGAAAUAAGGUACCUAUUUUUUGGUUUCAUACAAAACAAAAACAGAUUUUAUUAUAUCCUGCCUCAAAUACGCAUUAUUUUGAAAAACACUACAUGACAACUUUUAUUUCUUACAUAAUUUGCCGUCGAAUAGCAUUUUUAAAAAUAGUUUAUCCAAAAAAAGCAUCGCAUGUUGAUCCACUGUGCGACGUAUCGCGCCGUGCAAUAACAUUAAGACGUAAAGAGACUUCGUGCCUCUACUCUUUCCCAUAUUACAGCUUGGCAAAAAAGAGUAGAAAUGGAACUAAUUUUUUACACCACUUACUGUUUUCAUACAAAAGAUAGUUGGAAUAUGCAAGACGUUUUACAUAGACAGUGGCGCCCCUAUUAUUUUCUACUUUUUUUGCCCGACUGUAAUAUAGACGGUCAAGCAAAUAUUAUGAGAGCAAAAUUCAAAUUUUCUAUGGGACGAUAUUAAUGUAUGGGCACAUUAUUCAAAUUUGCCGCCAUUUUUUACUCUCAUGAUUUGCUUGACCGUCUGUAGUUACAUUAUCUAGGUUAUUAACAUGACAAGUAAGUGCCUUACUUGUUAUGGCUGAUGUAUUUAUUGGGUAAAAUAAAAAUCUGGUACUGGCAACAUUUUCAAGUUGUCAUCCAACAAACCAAAUGCUAACGGCCGAAUGUGAUGCUCGUGUGUUCUUUUUCUUUUCGCUCCUUUUUUGCGUCGUUGUCAUUGCAGUGAAAGUGUUUCAUUUGAAAAUUAACUUAGUGAUCGCGAUCGCAAGUAUACCUACUAAAAUAAUGGAAGAGGAUACAGAAAACAUAUUGGUAUCCUGGGAUGUGCCGUCAGAAGUCGUCGAGAACUUCAAAACAACAUCAAACCAGAAGAGUUCAAUUUGCUAGCUGCAAAAAUUGUUUCUCUUUUCCCAACUGAAAGUAUAUAUAUCUACUAUAUGAAAGCUGUGCCAACAUGCAAAUCUGCUUCAAGAAAAUAUGUGCCCGCUAAAGGCAAAUUAGUGGACAAGGUUCGAAAUCUCCUGUACAUAUCAGGAGCAAAGCGCAGGAGCAUUAAAUCCACUUGCUCUAAUAAGGAUUCGGAUACAGAUGUAGAGUCUGCGGAAAAUAAUCAAGAGACUGCCUCAAAUGACGACGCUAUUUGGCUGAAACAUAACAAUGAGCCAUGGGACCAAGUUUGUGAAAGGUGGAAUAACACCUUUGAAUUAAGACACAAACAAAAAUUUGAAACUGUACAUGAUUUUCUCGAAACCUGGGCCAUUUUAAAAGACGGCAAAGCAGAUACUCUGAUACUUUUGGAUUUUGAGAAACAGUUUAAAGAGAAGUCGCUUAACUUCUUUAAAAACUGGGAACUAUUUUUCUCGAAACUUUUGAAGCUUAGAGAAAGUGUCGUGACAAAUGAUAAUGCAAAAGCAUUAAUUGAAGGAUUAGGGAAUAUCAUUGACGAUGACAAAAAAAUUCCGGUGCAGAUUUACCUGCUAGGUUUUUUAAUACCACCCAAAGGCCGAAAAUCUAGGAAAGUCAAGUUCUCAACCACUGAAUCAAUCCAGGGCUUAUUAGUUCAGAUAGAUGACGCCGGAGAUAUCGACAGCGUAAUCGCAGCCCAGAAAGCUAAGGCUGCAGCCCGGAAGGAUACCGUUCAACCCUUCGUGCUCAUACAAGGACCGCUACAAAACUUCGCCCAGAUAUACAUCGUUAUUGAUGAUAUCAAAUACCACGUGCAUUCAGCUGCAAAGGCGUUCGACUUAUUGUUUAAGAUUUAUCACGUUUUCCACGCCAAGUAUCCCCAAGUGUGUGAGCACCUCCACAUAAUUAUUCAAAAAAAGUGUAUCAAAUCCAUACAGCGUAUGAUACAGUACCACCGUAUAUAGUUGACGUUUUAAACUUAGAUGUGUAAAAUUUGGUCUUCGUUUUUUAUAAAAGUUCUUGAAAUGUAAAAAUAUACUAAGGUAUAGAAAUUUCUUUGGUCUUAUGUACCCACUUAAAAAGUAUUUCAUUGUGUAAGGUAUUUGCACCAUCUACAAUUGACGUGAUUUGUUCUAAGUUUGUCUUGUAGAGAAUACUCUGUGGCGUCAACUACGCCUAUCAUUCGAAAAAAGUUAAAUAAAUUCAUAAAAUGCUUUGUUCCGAGUGCAAACUCGAUCUUGGUACUUUUAAAAAAUACAUUUUACAUUUGGAACUUAUUCAUAAAAUAAAAACUAAUUAUCAAUGUCCUAUUGAAAAUUGCCAGAGAACGUAUUGUACAAAGUAUUCUUUAAAAGAUCAUUUGACAUUUUUUCAUAAAUUGUUUGAUAAUCGCCGACUUGAUAGUAAGCCAAUAGAAAAAACAUCGCAUCCGAAUUCUCCAAUGUGUACUAAUAUAUCGAUCAAUAAAACUAUAACACAUGAUCCUAUAGAGUUAAACAGUUCUACUAAACUUAAAUCUAAUAGUGAGAACUGUAGCCAAGACAGUGAAAAUGUAACAAUGCAAUUUAAAAAAGAUCUUCACUUAUCUGUUAUACUUCUUAUAUCGAAAUUAUACAGUAAUUUAAACAUGCCAAGAAAUCAAAUACAAAACAUAAUCGAUAUUUUUAAAAGUUUCCUUACUGAUUCAGUUUCUUACAUAGAAAGUCAAAUUCCAGUGCUUGGAAAUAUUAAUAGUAAUAACAUUAGUAACGACAUAUUGCCAAUGAAGAACUUAAGUUUGUGCUUGGACAUAUUUAAAAACUGUUUUCAAGCAAUUGACACCGAACAUAGACUAAUAAAUUUGUUUAAUGCGAGUGGUAAGUUAGUUAAACCAAUUAAGAAAAAAAUCGGUGUCUCGAAGGCACCAAAACGAGUAGAUUCUAAAGUGAUUAUGACUUUAAAGGAUGAAUACGUUCAUUUGGUGCCUUUGAGAAAUAGUUUAAAGCUGUUUUUAGAAUUACCACAAGUCCUGCAGACCAUACUAGACUAUCAAAGAUAUCUUAGUAGCACAGAAAAUGUAUUGCUAAACGUUGUUAAUGGGGUAUUAUGGAAACUAAAAGCUGAACAUGAACAUUGCUCAGAUAUUUCUAUUCCUAUAUAUAUUUACUAUGAUGAUUUCGAAAAUGGUAAUCCGUUAGGCAGUCAUGCCGGUAAACAUAAAAUUGGCGCUGUUUAUUGUAGCAUUGCGACUAUUCCACCGCAGUUUGCUAGUCGCCUGGAAAAUAUUUUCUUGGCUCUACUUUUUUAUUCCAACCAGAGAGUAAAUUUUGGCAAUAAAGCGGUUUUUCAACCAUUACUUGAUGAAUUGAAUUUUUUGGAAAAUUGUGGUAUAGACAUACUCUCUAAUAAUGAAAAACUAAAAGUAAAAUUCUAUUUGAUUGCUUUAUCAGGAGAUAAUUUAGGGCUUAAUUCAAUUAUGGGUUACAUGGAAAGUUUUUCCGCCAGUAAUUACUGUAGAAUUUGUACUAUGAAUAAACAAGAAUGCCAAACUGCCAUUUCAGAAAGUGAAGAAAAAAUACGGUCACGAGCUAAUUAUAACCAUUGUUUAGCCAAUAACAUUGGCGUAAAAGAACUCUGUGUAUGGAACAGUCUAGACAGCUUCCAUGCUUGUGAAAAUACCAGUGUAGACGUCAUGCAUGAUUUAUGUGAAGGUGUUCAUAGAUAUAGUAUGGCAUCAAUAAUACAAUCAUUUAUAAACAAAAAGGUUUUUACCUUGGACCAAUUAAAUUCCAGAACGAAAUACUUCACAUAUACUAGAUCCGAGCAUAAUCAUCCCCCACCUGUAACUAAGCAGCAUUUAUGUAAUGGUAUCAUCAUGUUUUCAGCGUCGGAGAUGUUAUGCUUUGUAAGAAAUUUCCGUUACUUUGUCGGUGACUUCGUUGACGAAAGAGACGAAGUGUGGAACUACUAUUUGCUUUUAUUAGAGUUAACAGAAACACUAACCGAACAAACUAUCUCCACAGAACACUUAGUUAAUUUGAAACAUUUGAUAAAAGAACAUCAUAAAAUGUAUAUAGAGCUAUUCAAAAGUUCAUUGAAACCAAAAUACCAUUUCUUGGUACAUUACCCGGGUGUGAUAAAUAAAUUAGGACCGCCUAUAUUUUACUCGGCUUUCAAAUUUGAAGCUAAACACAAAGAACUAAAAAGAGUAUCACGUUCUAUAGCGAGUAGGACAGACUUAUGCUAUUCGAUUUCAAUACGGUGCCAAUUAAAGGACUGCAGCAGGUUUUUAACUAAUGGUGGCUUUGAGAACAAAACAAAGUGUGGAAAGUUAAAGCAGUGCGUAAAUAUUCCGUGUCAUUUAAAUGGAGAUAAUUAUUUCACGACUGUUACUUUCGAAAAUAACGGAUAUAUUUAUGAUCAUAUGUCCGUUGUUUUGUACGAAUGUAAAGAUGACAAUCCAAUAUUCCUCUUAAUUAAUGAUAUAUUAAUCAGGGAUAAAGAUUUUAAGUCCGUCAUCCUUGCGUGUUCUGUGUUGCAAAUAAUUAAUUACAGUACCCAUUUAAAGGCAUAUCAAGUUAACAAAACGAAUGAAUACAAAUACAUAUCGUUGAUUGAAUGUUUUGAUCAAAUGCCAAUACCUCUUCGCUCAGUAGGUGGUAAUUUAUAUGUCUCAUUUUAUAAAUAAUAAUUAUACUAAAGUUUAAGUUAACAUUAAAAAUGUAGGUAUUAAUUGUGUUGAGUAGGACAUUUUUAAUUAUUUGAAUUAUUUAAAUUUUCUGUACGUAGUUAGCUAGUUAGGUGCAGAACUGAACUGAUGUUCAUUAUUUUUACGUGUAAGUGAGUAUCUUCAAUUAAGACAAAUAGAGUAAGAUAUUGUUUUCUUUAAAUCAUUUACUAUUAGCAAAUAUUGUAGAGGUACUCUAACAAUUACGUAAUUCCAAGUCAGAAUAUCCCUUUUUAUCUACUAGGUUAUAUUUAGUGCUGAUUCAAUUAUUUUGUAGCGUCCUCUUUGGCCGAUAGUCCACUAUUAUAUGUUUACCAUAGAAAUAUGAUCAUAGGCAACAUGCCAUCCUUUUUCUUCACGUUGGAGAAAAAGGGAGGCAUGAUCAU